AUGCAUUACGUAAUUCCUAGACAUAUGGCAAUGAAAAUUUCUGGAUUACGAGUGGCAUGGCAGCGCUUAUUGGUGACUGGCACAGUUGCAGGUUUGGGAACUUUGGCCGUUAUGGAAUAUGCACCAAAACUGUUAGAGGCUAAAAGAAUGCGCGCCUCUCGACUUCGUAAACCUCCACCGGAGGAGGAACUCGCUCUUUUUCGUGGUCCUCUCACAAGUCGUCAGCAAAACAUCGAUCGCAUGAUGAAGAACAACGAUGUCUUCGAUAUUCUAGUUAUCGGCGGUGGGGCCACCGGCACAGGUGUAGCUCUAGAUGCUGUCACUCGAGGUUUGACCACCUGCUUAGUAGAGAAGCAAGAUUUUGCUUCUGGUACAUCAAGUCGUUCAACGAAGCUGAUCCAUGGUGGUGUGCGUUACCUUCAAAAGGCUGUUUUCAAUCUCGAUCUGGAGCAGUAUCGUAUGGUGCGUGAAGCUCUGAGUGAACGAGCCAACCUCCUCGACAUUGCCCCGCAUAUCGCGCAUCCGCUGCCCAUCAUGCUGCCUAUCUACAAAUGGUGGCAGGUGCCCUAUUACUGGCUGGGCAUAAAAAUGUACGAUCUGGUCUCCGGCACCCAAAUUCUCAAGUCAAGCUACUUCCUUAACAAAUCACGCUCUAUGGAGAUAUUUCCCCACCUGAAAAAUGAAAAACUGAAAGGUGCUCUCGUUUAUUACGAUGGUCAGCACGAUGAUGCACGCAUGUGUCUAGACGUCGCCUUCACAGCCAGUCGAUACGGCGCCGCCAUUGCCAACUACGUGGAGGUCUUGGAACUGCUCAAGGGUCCGAGCGAAGACCCAAAGCAGAAAGAUGUCUCUGGGAAACCAAAGCUAGUCGUAAACGGUGCUCGCCUGCGCGAUCUUCUUUCAGGCAAGGAAUUUGUCGUUCGCGCUCGCUGUGUCGUUAAUGCUACCGGCCCCUUCACCGACGAAAUUCGAAAAAUGGAGAACAACAAACUGGAUCCCAUCUGUCAGCCCAGCUCAGGCGUUCACAUUGUCCUUCCUAACUACUACAGCCCCGAGAAUAUGGGUCUACUGGAUCCAUCUACCACUGAUGGACGUGUCAUUUUCUUCCUGCCUUGGCUCGGCCACGUUGUAGCCGGAACUACGGAUCAUUCUUGCAAACUGGCCACUUCACCUGAACCCACAGACGAUGAUGUCCAAUUCAUUCUCUCGGAGAUCAAAAGCUACCUAUCUCCUGAUCUUAAAGUUCGACGGGGUGAUGUGCUCUCCGUGUGGUCGGGUAUUCGUCCACUGGUGUCCGAUCCAAACUCUAAGGACACGCAAUCAAUUGCGCGGAAUCACGUUAUCACGGUGGGCGAGAACAACCUCGUCACAAUUGCUGGUGGCAAGUGGACUACGUACCGUAAAAUGGCUGAGGAGACGGUGGAUGAAUGUGUUAAGGUAUGCGGUCUCAAACCGAAGUCCAAGUGUCGCACUGUGGGCUUGCGCCUAAACGGUGCGCAUGGAUGGUCGCCCAAUCUCUUCAUUCAACUGUCCCAGGAGUACGGCAUUGAUCGUGAUGUGGCCAUCCACCUUGCCUCGACCUACGGCGGUCACGCUGUCAAAGUUGCUCAACAGGCCAAACUUACCGGUCGUCGCUACCCUCUAGCAGGACGCCGGCUUCAUCCCAACUUCCCCAUCAUUGAAGCUGAGGUCACAGAGGCAUGUCGCGAGUAUGCCUGCAAUGCCAUUGAUUUUCUCGCAAGAAGGACGCGUCUGGCCUUCCUGGAUGUCAGGGCUGCCGAGGAGGUCCUGCCCAAAUUAAUCGAUCUGAUGGCUGCAGAGCUCAACUGGUGCCCGCUGCGCAAGAAGAAGGAGUUUGAGGUCGCAAUGAAAUUCCUCAAAACGGAGAUGGGCCUUGCCAUGAAACGCACCAAGACAGUUCCUGCCAACUUUUCCCCCGAGGAAGUAGAGAAUAUCAGAAAGCAGUUUAGCUCCAUUGAUGUCGAUGGCAAGGGCUACAUCACCUUGAACGAUCUCCACAAAUUUUUCGCGGUACUUAUGAGGAAUAGCGCGUUCUCCUGGUUUACCAUCCCCGAUAUGUACUUUCUACCCAAAAUAACAAAACAAGGUGAGAGUGUAAGCAACAAUACCUUGGAAAGUAUCCUCUCUGACCUCGAUUUGGAUCGAAAUGGCGAAAUCGACCAAGUCGAAUUUCUUGAGUUUAUGAGCUCCCUGAAGACCGGAGCUGUUCCACAUCACACACUGAAGAGCGUCCUCAACCGUCCCACGAUCCCAGUCUCCAGAAGCGGUGGUGGUGUCUAA